AAAAUAAGGGGAAAAAAGAAAGAAAGCGAGCCUCCGAGGCAAGAAGCAGGAAAAGUCCUCUCAUGGGUUUAUAACUCUCAGCGUUGGGCUGGACUGGAUGACCUCGAGGGGUCCCUUUCUGGCAAAGCGGGCAGCUUAAAUCCCCGCCUCCUGCUAAAAGCAUCGACCCACCUUCAGGCGGAAGGAGAAAGCCAGCCUUUUAACCGCAAGCCAACGCCCUUUGCGCCUUCCUGACACGCAGGUGGAAAGGCGGCGUUCACACGUGACGCGGCGCUGACACGGGUUUGCGGAACAGGACACUUCCUCUGUGGGAACAACCAUGUCUCGCCCGUUGACCGACCAAGAGAAGCGCAAGCAGAUCAGCAUCCGCGGCAUCGUGGGUGUGGAGAACGUGGCCGAGCUGAAGAAGGGCUUCAACCGGCACCUGCACUUCACGCUGGUCAAGGACCGCAAUGUGGCCACCACCCGGGACUACUACUUCGCCCUGGCCCACACCGUUCGCGACCACUUGGUGGGCCGGUGGAUCCGCACCCAGCAGUACUACUACGAGAAGGACCCCAAGAGAGUGUACUACCUGUCCUUGGAGUUCUAUAUGGGCCGGACUUUGCAGAACACGAUGAUCAAUCUGGGGCUGCAAAACGCCUGCGACGAGGCAAUUUAUCAGCUUGGCUUGGACAUCGAAGAGCUGGAGGAGAUUGAAGAAGAUGCCGGUCUGGGCAACGGAGGUUUGGGAAGACUUGCAGCCUGCUUCCUCGACUCGAUGGCAACGCUUGGUCUUGCGGCCUAUGGCUAUGGGAUACGCUACGAGUACGGCAUCUUCAACCAGAAGAUCAGAGACGGGUGGCAGGUGGAAGAAGCUGACGACUGGCUAAGACAUGGCAACCCCUGGGAGAAAGCCCGCCCGGAGUACAUGCUCCCCAUUCAUUUCUAUGGAAGAGUGGAACACACCCAGACCGGCGUCAAAUGGGUCGAUACUCAGGUGGUCCUGGCUCUGCCUUAUGACACCCCGGUUCCUGGCUACAUGAACAACACUGUCAACACCAUGAGGCUGUGGUCGGCUCGGGCGCCCAACGAUUUCAACCUCCGGGACUUUAACGUUGGGGAUUACAUCCAGGCCGUCUUGGACAGAAACUUGGCUGAAAAUAUUUCCCGAGUCCUGUACCCGAAUGAUAAUUUUUUCGAAGGGAAGGAGCUACGGCUGAAGCAGGAGUAUUUCGUGGUGGCGGCCACUCUGCAAGACAUCAUCCGGCGGUUCAAAGCCUCCAAGUUUGGCAGCACCGAAAGCGUCCGGACUGCCUUCGAUUCCUUCCCGGACCAGGUUGCAAUCCAGCUGAAUGACACCCACCCUGCCAUGGCUAUUCCUGAGCUGAUGAGGGUCUUCCUGGAUAUUGAGAGAUUGCCGUGGGAGAAGGCCUGGGACAUCACCACCAGGACCUUUGCCUACACAAACCACACCGUCCUCCCCGAAGCCCUGGAGCGCUGGCCGGUUGAGUUGGUGGAGAAGCUCCUGCCGAGACACCUCCAGAUCAUCUACGAGAUCAACCAGCGGCACCUGGACAGGGUUGCAGCCAUGUACCCAAAGGACGUGGACCGUCUCCGGCGGAUGUCCCUCAUCGAGGAGGAAGGAUCCAAGCGCAUCAACAUGGCGCACCUCUGCAUCGUGGGCUCCCACGCGGUGAACGGGGUGGCCAAGAUCCACUCGGAGAUCGUUAGGACUCAAGUUUUCAAGGAUUUUGCUGAAUUAGAGCCGGAGAAAUUCCAGAAUAAGACCAACGGCAUCACACCUCGGCGCUGGCUCCUGCUUUGCAACCCGGGUCUGGCCGAACUCAUUGCAGAGAAAAUAGGUGAAGACUACGUGAAAGACCUGAGCCAGCUGACAAAGUUGCACCGGUUUGUGAAUGAUGAGGUCUUCAUCCGGGAGGUGUCCAAAGUGAAGCAGGAAAACAAGGUCAAGUUUGCCCAAUACCUGGAGAAGGAGUACAAGGUGAAGAUCAACCCGGCCUCCAUGUUUGACGUCCAGGUGAAGCGGAUCCACGAAUACAAGCGGCAGCUCAUGAACUGCCUCCACAUCAUCACCAUGUACAACCGCAUCAAGCGGGACCCCAUGAAGAUGUUUGUGCCCAGGACAGUGAUCAUCGGAGGCAAAGCGGCCCCCGGCUACCACAUGGCCAAGCUGAUCAUCAAACUCAUCACCUCCGUGGGCCACGUGGUCAACAACGACCCUGUGGUGGGGAACAAGCUGAAGGUCAUCUUCCUGGAGAAUUACAGGGUCUCCCUGGCGGAGAAGGUGAUCCCGGCCACGGACCUGUCGGAGCAGAUCUCCACCGCCGGCACAGAGGCCUCGGGAACCGGCAACAUGAAGUUCAUGGUCAACGGGGCCCUGACCAUCGGGACCAUGGAUGGUGCCAACGUCGAAAUGGCGGAGGAGGCCGGGGAGGAGAACCUGUUCAUCUUCGGCAUGAGGGUGGAGGACGUGGCCGCGCUGGACCGCAGGGGGUACAAUGCUCAGGAGUAUUACGACAGGCUCCCCGAGCUCAAGCAAGUGAUGGACCAGAUCAAGAGCGGCUUCUUUUCGCCCAAAGACCCCGACAUGUUCAGAGACAUCGUCAACAUGCUGUUCCAACAUGACCGGUUCAAAGUCUUUGCAGACUACGAAGCCUACGUCAAAUGUCAAGACAAAGUCAGUCAGCUCUACAUGAACUCCAAGGAGUGGACCAAGAUGGUGAUCCGGAACAUUGCCUCCUCGGGGAAGUUCUCCAGCGACAGGACCAUCAAGGAGUAUGCGCGGGACAUCUGGGGCGUGGAGCCCUCCGACCUGCGCAUCCCCCCUCCCAACGUGCCCCGCGACGUGGCCGACGAGAUGCUGGCCAACGACGCCACGGGGAAGCUGCACAUGUGAAUCGGGGAAGGGAAACACGUCCUUGUCAUUGCCUAGUGAAUAACAGUAGUAGAUGCUACCUGCUGUUUCUCUAUCUCGCGUGUAAUGGGAGGGGAUUUGGGCGACUCUGCAGAAAUGCAGAUCGGUUGACGUGUGCAUGCUUUGCAGAUUUUCAAUUUGGUUUCAGUGCGGCGCAAGAGUUUAUCCCAUUGGAAUCUCUGGGUCUCUGCAAAACCAGUUUCCAUGAUCCUAGAGAGAGAGAGAUGGGUGUGGGAAGUCAAACAUUUGCUAUCUCAACGCUCUUUGGAGGUGAUAAAAUGGCAAGUUAUUGUGACUCUCAUUGCUCAGAGUUACUCCCUUGAGAGUUUAGCAUCUAGUUUGUCUGAAUCUUUCCAAAUUGCCCGACCAAUGUGCUUUACAAAAUAUACCCUGCGGUAUAUAACCGGUGCAGUAUGUCUCAGGUGCUACUACGUUUCUUCGGGAAAUUGCCAUUUGUGGGCUCAGCAGCUACCAGCUCGGUUCACAUCUAUCUGUGCAAAGCAUCCAAAUUUUUGACAGAGCCCCAAAACAUCUCUCUUGUGUUGUUACCACCCAUUGCACACUGCCUAGUUGCUUCCAAUGUAGGAUCGUACAUUCCUGGAAAAAAAUAUAUCUGCAUGACAAAAAUAAAACAAAACCCACAUUUGUCGCCA